GUGUUUCGUAGUACACGUAUUUAAACGAGCUUCAGUAUUGGAAGUAGCCUACCUAAAAGGUCAGCAGACAUAAAUCAUUUACGCAGUUAAAGUGGUAUAAUAAAGUAGCGAACACCCUCCCAUUCUCUCUCACUCCCGUCCCGUUUCCUUAGCAGAAGUGUUGGGCUACAGAAAGCAGAAGUUUAUCAGCUGAUCAAAACCCACCAGCUACUUCAAACAUAUAAAGGAGAGAAAUUAAAAAGACGCGACGGCGGCGGCAAAACGAGGGGUAGGAGCCUUAAAGCGCAUGUCAGCUUAAACCGUAUUUCAAUAAGCGGUUUCAGCUCACAUCACUGUACGGCGAAACAUGUACACUUAAAAAGAAUGAAAUAGUGACAGAUCAAUAAAACGUGAAAUCGACGGCGUCAAGAGAACCAAUCAGAAGUCGCCGCUACACGUUUCUCGAAGAUUUCAUCAUGCCAAAUACAGCUGGACAAUAACGGCAAGGACAGCAGUAAAAAAUAAGGACUGCACACAGUGCACAUCUUAAGCACACGUACAUACACAUUAUAUAUAAGUGUUUAUACACACACACACACACACACACACACACACACACACACACAGAAAUGGCAUCCUACGUCCCUGCAUCUCUCCAGGAGCCUGCCUCAAAGGUAAACAAUGGAGGAGAAUCACUUAAGGCAACUGGUUCAGAAGAGUGCAUGAAGCUGAAGAAAGAGAUCUCCCUCCUAAAUGGAGUCUGCCUGAUUGUGGGCAACAUGAUCGGCUCUGGGAUCUUCGUCUCUCCGAAGGGUGUGCUGAUGUACAGCGCCUCCUAUGGGCUGUCGCUGGUGGUGUGGACCAUCGGGGGUGUUUUUUCUGUGUUUGGGGCACUUUGUUACGCAGAGCUGGGUACUACUAUCACCAAGUCUGGAGCCAGCUAUGCCUACAUCCUGGAGGCUUUCGGUGGUUUCCUGGCCUUCAUCCGCCUGUGGACGUCGCUGCUGAUCAUCGAGCCCACCAGCCAGGCUGUCAUCGCCAUUACCUUCUCAAAUUACAUGGUGCAGCCCAUCUUCCCUACCUGCAUUGCCCCCUACAGUGCCAACCGCCUGCUAGCUGCUGUCUGCAUCUGCUUGCUGACCUUUGUCAACUGUGCCUAUGUGAAGUGGGGGACGCGGGUCCAGGACUUCUUCACCUAUGCCAAGGUCGUCGCCCUCAUUGCUGUCAUCAUCACUGGCCUGGUCAAGAUAUUCCAGGGUCACACUCAGAACUUCGACAGGCUGUUUGAAGGCUCCUCGCAGGACCCCGGCGCCGUGGCUCUGGCCCUCUACUCGGCCCUCUUCUCCUACUCCGGCUGGGACACGCUCAACUUUGUGACAGAGGAGAUCAAGAACCCCGAGCGAAACCUUCCACUGGCCAUUGCCAUCUCUAUGCCAAUAGUGACUGUGAUCUACAUCCUGACCAACGUGGCCUACUACACAGUGCUAGAUAUCCAGGCCAUUCUGGACAGCGAUGCUGUGGCUGUGACUUUUGCGGAUCAGGUGUUUGGGGUGUUCAAUUGGACCAUUCCACUUGCAGUCGCCUUCUCCUGUUUUGGCGGCCUCAAUGCAUCCAUCCUGGCCGCCUCACGGUUGUUCUUCGUGGGCUCCAGGGAGGGCCAUCUCCCUGACUCCCUGUGCAUGAUCCACGUCCACCGCUUCACCCCCAUCCCUGCCCUGCUCUUCAAUGGAGCCAUGGCCCUGGUCUAUCUGUGUGUGGAGGACAUCUUCAAACUGAUCAAUUACUACAGCUUCAGUUACUGGUUCUUUGUGGGUCUGUCCAUUUUGGGGCAACUAUACCUGCGCUGGAAGCAACCUGACCGAGAACGACCCCUGAAGCUCAGUAUCUUCUUCCCAGUGGUCUUCUGUCUGUGCACGGUGUUCCUCGUGGUGGUCCCGCUCUACAGUGACACUGUCAACUCCCUGAUUGGCAUCGGCAUUGCCCUAUCAGGAGUGCCCGUCUACUUCCUGUGCUGCUACACUCCUGCCCAUCGCAGGCCUCUCUGGAUACGCAAGGCCAUCGCAUCCUUAGGUCAUUUCAUUCAGAAGGUCUGCUAUUCUGUUGUGACGGAGAUGGAUGACGAUACCAAGACACAGUAAGACCCACAAAACUGUAAAGAACUUCUAACUACGUGAACCAAAUGCCAACUGGAAGAACACCUGCUGGCUAUCAACUUGAAGACAGACUGCCCAGUUACCAACACUCGAGUUUGGCCAGCUCACCUCGGAGCCCUGAAGCCUCUCAGCAGGCUGCCGAUUCCAUCAGGAGAACCUUCCCAACCUGGAAUGAACGGGAACUUAACCCUCCACACGCACCAUUUGUCCUCCUUGCUGAAGGAUCCAACAUGGUGACCGACUAUGAGCCGGCAGAUAUUAGCAAAAUAAUGAUUCUGCAUUACCUGUUUAACUUAUUGAGAUGAAUGGAUACCUUGUAGCACCUGAGUGGGGGUAAGCAGGUUGCUAAACUAACAAAAAGCACUUUUUAAGUAGAAAUGGAAAUCAAAUUGUUUUCCUCAAUUGUAUUCCUAGUAUUUGUUUGUACGAUGCCCCUAGCAGAACAAAUACAGAUGUCUGGUGAUCCUAUCA